AUGUUCUGUCUAAAUGUGUAUCAGAAGGUCGUUGCUAAGAAACCGGCACCUAAGGUGAAAGAAGACUCAUCUUCUGAAGACGAAUCUUCAGAUGAGGAGCUUGCCCCUGUGAAGAAUCAACCUGCAAAGAGUUCCUCUUCUGAGGAUGGAUCUUCUUCGGACGAGGACGAGGAGGAGCCUGCCCCUGUGAAGAAGCCACCAACAACCUUUGAGAAAGCCAAGGCACAUACUUCAUCAUCUGAGGAUGAAUCUUCCUCGGACGAGGAAGAGGCUCCUGCCCCUGUGAAGAAGCAACCAACAACCCUUGAGAAACAGCAACCAACAACCCUUGAGAAAGCCAAGGCAGAGACUUCGUCAUCUGAGGAUGAAUCUUCCUCGGACGAGGAAGAGGCUCCUGCUCCUGUGAAGAAGCAACCAACAACCCUUGAGAAAGCCAAGGCAGAGACUUCGUCAUCUGAGGAUGAAUCUUCCUCGGACGAGGAAGAGGCUCCUGCNCCUGUGAAGAAGCAACCAACAACCCUUGAGAAAGCCAAGGCAGAGACUUCCUCAUCCGAAGACGAGGACGAGGAGCCUGCCCCUGAGAAAAAGCCACCAACAACCCUUAAGAAAGCUGAGGCAGAGAGCUCUUCAUCCGGGGAUGAAUCUUCUUCGGACGAUGAACCCGCUCUUCCAAAGAAGCAACCAGAGGUUGUCAAGCCAGCUGUAAAAGAUUCUUCAUCAUCUGAGGAUGACUCUGACUCAGACGAAGAAUCAGAAGAUGAAAAGUCCAAAUUAUUGCCCUACGUGCAGGAGAGUGAUGACGAGACACCUCCUAAGAAGAAGUCUAAAGUAUCAUCAACAAAAACUUCUAAACAAGAAAGUAGUAUUGAGGAGUCUGAUGGGGAGGAGAGUGAAGAUGAGAAAGUUACCCCAAAGAAAAAGGAUUCUGAUGUUAAAAUGUUGGAGGCAGAGCAGAAAUCAAAUGCAAAACAGUCAAAGACACCAGCCACUCAGACUCAGGGAGGAUCAAAGACACUAUUUGUUAAAAAUCUUUCCUAUGCAAUUGAGAGAUCUCAAGUAGAGAAUUUCUUCAAAGAAGCUGGUGAAGUUGUCGAUGUUAGAUUAGCUUAUGAAAAUGACAGAUUUAGGGGAUUUGGGCAUGUUGAAUUUGCUUCUGGAGAAGCAGCUCAGAAGGCAUUGGAACUGCACGGUAAACAAUUACUAGGCCGCGAUGUUUGGCUUGAUUUCGCUAAUGAGAAGAGAGGAUCCAGUACUACUCCCCGAAGCAGCAAUCCUGGUAGCAACUACCAGACCGCUCGCAAAGGAGAAGGAAGCCAAAGUAAAACUAUUUAUGUUAAAGGAUUCGACACUUCUCUUGGUGAACGUGAAACCAGGGAUGCUUUGAGAGAACAUUUUAGUAGCUGUGGAAAGAUCACAAGGAUUGCUGUUCCAAAUGAUCGUGAGACUGGUGUUGUCAGGGGGAUGGCUUACAUUGAUUUUGAGAGUGGUUUCGACAAGGCAUUGGAACUGAACGGAAGUGAAUUUGGAGGACGGUACAUAGUGGUGAACGAGGCUGCGCCAAGAGCAGAUAAUAGCGGUGAUCGCCCUGUCUCAAGUGGAAGGAACCAGGGUGGCCGCAACUCGAACAGAUGGAAUAGGGGUGGCCGCGACUCGAAUGGAAGGAACCAGGGUGGCCGUAACCAAGGUAGAGGAAGAACACCCAACAAACCAAGUUUAUUUCCCGCAUCGCAAGCGAAGAAGAUCACCUUUGAUGAUGAUGAGUAA